AUGCGUGUUUUUAAAUGGACACCAACGCUUAAUCCGAGGGAAGAGUCGCCUACUUUUCCGGUAUGGGUUCAUUUGUCGGAGUUGCCGAUCCAAUUUUUUGAUCGGGAGGCGUUGUUUAGCAUUGCCCUUUUGUUGGGGACGCCUCUCAAGACGGAUGUAUCUACGGCGACUUUGGUGCAGCCUAGUGUGGCUCGGGUAUAUGUUGAGAUUAAUUUGCUUGAGCCGCUACAGACGAAAAUCAGUCUCGGGAUUGGGACAGAAGUGAUCAUCCAACCUGUGAUUUACGAGCGUCUUCCUAAGUACUGUGGGGCUUGCAAACACUUAGGACAUGAUAAAGAUAAGUGCUAUGAGAAGCUUAGGCCUGCGAAUAGGGAUGAUCGUCCUCCGCCUAUCCCUGAUGAGGAGGAUCUUCGGGUGAAAUUGGAUGCGUAG